CACCUGGAGGUACGCGGGUUCAGUGCAACGUCAGUUUGGCUGUCUCCUUGUUGGUUGCACAGUUGCACUGCACCGGAAUGGCUGGAAAAUCCUAGGGACCAACCUUUUCGGCUCGCCGAGCCCCCUCCGGCGUGGUGGCCCUCCCCUGCGCUGCGCAAAAGGCACUCGCGCUCAUCAAAGGCGCAAACCGCAAAGGCACGCCCGCGGCCCGCGGCGUGGACCUUUUAAGCCCCGCGCUCGAUUCCCCCGUCCCCACCCCACCUGCGACGGAACUGCGACUACGAGCUCACCCCACGCCCCUCCCCCCUGUCCCGUCGAGCUCCACAGUUGCUGCUGCUGCUGCCGCUUCUCCGGCCAAUAUCGGUGCCUAACCUUUUCAGUCCCGGCGGCGCGGCAGGGCGGGUUUCGCCGUUCUUGGCUGCCGCGCCGUCAUUCUUGUUCUGGCGGUUUCGUGAUCUGCCCCCGCGCAGCGUCUGCUCUGCGGUCGCGGAAACGCCGUGCCUUCUCCGCGCGUCCGCUCGAUAACCCCUGCGUCUCCGCCCCGCCCCGCCCGACCACGCCUUGCGGAAGCGUCGCCGUCGUGGUCCGUCGACGGGAGCGCGCGGUCAGUGGAGCUGCGUCAACAGAGUCGCGCACUGCUUUGUUUUGGUGAUGGCUCGCGUCGCGUCGCGUCGCGUCUUGAUGGAAUCAUUAACUAGUCUUCCAGGUCAAUCCCGUCGUGUUCUUGACUACUAGUGCCGUGUUCGACCCGUGACGCCUGUGGUUGGCGGGCGGAAGGGGUCAAGCUUUCCGAUCUUCAUUCUUUAUUUACACCGCGGCAGCCGGCUCUCAGUCUCAGCCCAAUGCUGGCGUGAGGGAGGGGGGUUUGGGAGCGGACAGGGGAGACGAUUCUUGAAGAAGAUCACGCGCUGAUCUUGGCCCGUGUCCGUCCGUGCGCGACCUCGGCGUAUGGUUGGUGGCGAUUGGCAGUGCUGGUAGCGCGCCGCCGCCAUGGGCUGCGUCGCGUCCAAGAACACCGUCUCGGUGACGCCGGCGGCCGACUCGUCCGGCGGGCUCAGGGAUCGGAGCCAUCCGCGCGCUCAGGAGUCUGCUGCUCCUGUGCCGUUGCCCGUGCCCGUGCCUUCCCUGCGUAGCUCGUCGUCCGCGGCGAGGAGGUCGGAGAAGGUCAAGGACGACGCGGAGGAGCCAGGGAAGGCCGUCGUAGCCGUGGCGGCGUCGUCCCGGAGCUUCCGCCUGCGGAGCCUGCGGAAGAGCCUUGAGGGUGAGCAGGUGGCUGCCGGGUGGCCGCCGUGGCUCAGCGCCGUCGCCGGGGAGGCCAUCCAGGGGUGGAUCCCGCUCAAGGCCGACUCCUUCGAGAAGCUGGAGAAGGUUGGGCAAGGCACAUACAGCAGUGUAUUCAGGGCAAGAGACCUUGAGACUGGAAAGAUCGUUGCCUUGAAGAAGGUUCGGUUCGACAAUUUUGAGCCAGAGAGUGUUAGAUUCAUGGCAAGGGAGAUACAAAUAUUGAGAAGACUUGAUCAUCCAAAUGUCAUGAAACUGGAAGGCUUGAUUACUUCCCGGUUAUCGUGCAGCCUUUAUCUAGUAUUUGAAUACAUGGAGCAUGAUCUUGCAGGACUUUGCUCCUCCCCGGACAUCAAAUUCACUGAAGCACAGCUCAAGUGCUACAUGAACCAGUUACUGUCAGGACUGGAGCAUUGCCAUUCACGACAUGUGGUUCAUCGUGAUAUCAAGGGUGCUAAUCUCCUUGUGAAUAAUGAAGGGGUUCUAAAGAUAGCUGAUUUUGGUCUUGCAAAUUUCUUUGAUCCCAGCAAAAACCAUCCUCUGACCAGCCGUGUUGUUACUCUGUGGUACCGACCACCUGAACUGCUACUAGGUUCAACUCACUAUGAUGCAGCUGUAGAUUUGUGGAGUGUUGGGUGUGUGUUUCCUGAGAUGUAUCGUGGGAAACCUAUCCUGCAGGGAAGAACCGAGGUGGAACAACUACACAAGAUUUUUAAACUAUGUGGUUCACCUGCUGAUGAUUAUUGGAAGAAAUCAAAGUUGCCUCAUGCAACAAUAUUUAAACCACAUCAUCCAUAUACUAGUACCCUACGAGAUGUUUUUAAAGAGUUACCAGAAAAUGCAUUGAGUUUACUAGAAACUCUUCUGUCGGUGGAGCCCUACAAGCGUGGUACUGCAUCAGGUGCUCUUUCCUCUGAGUUUUUCAGGACAAAACCUUAUGCGUGCGAACCUUCGAGCUUGCCUAAUUAUGCACCUAACAAGGAGAUGGAUGCAAAGUUACGAGAGAAUGCACUCAGAAGAAAAGCAAGUAGCAGAGGGCACGGGACAGAAGCAUCCAAGAAGUCUUCAAGGCUCAGUAGAGCAGCAAGAGAACCUAGUGCAGUCCCUAAGCAGAUAAUAAGUAGAACAGAGGAAUCCAAAACUAAUGUGAAUGCAACCAAAGAUGGUACAACACAGGACCGUGCGAAACUGAAUGGCGAUGCUAGGCUAUUUGUGGACAUACAACCAGUGUCAGCGGCUCAAGUUAAAGAGAGUGCUCGCCACGUUAAGAAUGAAUCACGAGAGCAAAUACCUUUCUCCGGGCCAUUGAGUGUUUCUUCAUCUAGUGGCUUUGCAUGGGCCAGAAGACCACAUGAGGACCGUUCCUUUGCUAGAUCACGGACCAGAUCUAGCUCAAGGGGCCAGUUUCCUGCUGAUGCUGUUCAGGGAUGUAAUACCCAAGCUAAAGAGAAUGCUGGCCUUAGGGAGCUGCAUAGCAGAGACAUACCUGUAUCAGUAUCACACGUCGGUUCCAGAGUCCGAGACCGGGGGCCUCACGAUGCGGCGAAGCGUGCAGUCCUGAAGAAGUGGUCACAGCUAGAGCGUCCAGAUUCGUUCGAUUCUUGCGACACUUACCACUCCCAUAACUUCUCGAACGCCAUGUUCCUUGGGGGUACUCUCUCAUCGAAGAAUGGCUUCAAGCUCCAGGGCGGUCAUAAUCAAGAAGAGAAGGUCGAGUACUCGGGCCCUUUGUUGUCCCAGUCGCACAAGGUCGAUGAACUGUUGCAGAAGAACGAGCGCCACAUCCGGCAAGCUGUUCGAACAUCAUGGUUCAGGAGAGCUGUUUGAUUGUGUGGUCACAGGAAGAAAGGUGGACAAGUGAGGAAAAGCUUGACCAUUUCUUUCCAUGGGAGGGCUUGUGACGCUUAGAGAAAGGGGAGAGCAUGUCAUUAGCUUCUGAUGGGCCUCUGCUGCCAAUCUGGGAAGCGGGCAAUUGCUGCUGACGAGUCCAUUGUUAACUGAAAACAUCAUCAACUUUGGUGAUCCUAUCUCACAGCAAAACAAAAUUAGCUACUGUGCCUUGCUGCUUCUGGGGUUUGUUGUAGAUUCCCCGAAGUGCCGUAUCCUUUUUUUUUUGUUGUACAGAGAAAUAUUAGCGGCUGACUGACGGGGCGGUGUGGUUGAACAGAAGAUUGUGUAGUUGGAAUAACCAGUAACUAAGCUGCACAACAUGCAUGGUGCGGUUGUAGUAAAGGCAGCCUCUGAAGAAAAUGAGAAGUGAAAUCCAAUAACUGUUCGUUGUCAUCUUUA